UACAAAAAAACGAGCCCUGUCAAUAGAUGCGCUCUUUGAUAGUCAAAAUUUAUAGCAGCUGAGGAAAAGUGAGGAAGUGAAAUAGUAAAAUUUUGAAAUAUGUGAACAGCAAUAGGAAGCGUUGCGCAAUUGCAUUAAAAGUGAACAAAAAGAUACACCAAAAACGUGAAACAAAAUUAAUUCGAACAAAAACUUAGUGACUAGUUUCUUUUUUUUUUAAUUAUACAUCAGUAAUUAACACUUUAGUUUAUAUAAAACGCGCAGCCAUCUGUAAAAAACGAAACUAUAAGUCUCUAAGCGCAUACAUACAUAUAUAAAAAUAUCAUUCUUCGUCCAUAAGCGCGCCGUGCUCAAAAUAAUUUAGCAUAUCCAAAUGUCAUAUUCCAUAUCAUCGUGUAAAAAUGUCUAACCUCUACCAUUUCCUCACCAUAUCGUUGCUACUCUAUUUCACCUCCUCGAGCUCGGCAGUUAAUUGUCCAAAAAACUGCAAAUGUUCGUGGGUUCUCGACAGUCUGGGUGUCGACUGUUCACACAAAGGUCUAACGGAGUAUCCUGAAUUUUCGGAUCUGCCCAUCGAUCAUCUGGAUUUAUCUGGCAACCAUUUUGAUCAUUUUCCCACGCAGUUGGCCGCCAUAGGAUCACUCAUCUACUUAGAUCUCUCCAACAAUCAAAUAGAUCAUUUAGACGCGGACGCGCUAGUGGGUUUUACAGCUCUACGUGUUUUACUGCUCGCCAACAACAGCUUCAACAGUUGGGUGGCUCUAAAUCCAAGCAAUGUUUUUCAGAAUGCCAUUAGCUUGAAGCAACUUAGUCUGAGCGGAAAUAAACUGGAAACAUUUACGGGUCACAAGUCCGAAGAAGCGCUGAUUAGUGAAUCGUUGACAAGCCUGGCACUUGAAAAGUGUGGCAUUACAACAGUUGGCGGUGAUCAUCUUAUAAACGGACUGCCUGCACUCGAUAGACUUUCGCUGUCGGGGAACGUGAUUACGACGCUGAACAACAUACCUUCGAGCACCUUGCGCGUGCUGGAACUCAGCAACUGCAGUUUGCUGCGCAUUCCCGCAACACUAACCGAAGGUUUGCCAAACUUGGAGACUUUAAAUGUUUCGUGGAACUUUGCGUUGGAACUCAAAGAUGCGAUAAUAUCGGAUACACUUUUGGAGUUGGACGCUUCUUUUUGCAAUUUGGAUACUGUAAACUUGAGUGGGUUCCCAAGUUUAACGCGUGCGCGCUUGCGUGGCAAUAUGUUACGCAAACUGGAUCAAUCCACCUUCGCCGUUAAUACUCUUUUGGAGACAGUAGAUUUGGGGCGCAAUUCGUUGCGUAGUCUACAAGCGGAUGCCUUCGUUAAUUUGAAACAUUUGACCACAAUCGAUUUGUCUUACAAUGAAAUUGCGCGUCUCGAUAUGAAUUUGUUCCGUGCCAACGAUGUGCUCGUCUCGAUCAACCUGAGUCGCAAUGUCAUUGAGAAAUUUACGAAACUUGUAUCCAAUUCGUUGCGUGAAGUCAACUUAAGUGGCUGUGAAAUAAUAAUGAUCGAGGGUAAUGCGUUAACGGGCUUACCGGCAAUCCAACGGCUCGACCUAUCGAAAACACUAAUCAAGGAAUUUCCGUCUAAUAUGCGUUCGGAAACUUUACAGAAAUUAGAUUUGAGUAACUGCAAAUUAUCUGCCCUACGCAACACGACAUUCGCAGGGUUUCCGGAAUUGGCUUGGUUGCAGUUGAAUGGCAAUCGCUUUACAAAUCCAAUACCAGCUGGAUAUUUUCGUUCAAACCAGUACUUAGAUGCCAUCUGGAUUAGCGAUAACCCAUGGAUUUGCAAUUGCCAAGAUGCAACGUUUAUGGACUUCUAUGAUUAUCUAACCGCACCGCCACAGAAGUUAAAGGACCGCAACAGCGUGCGCUGUGCAUCACCCUCCCACUUCUAUGGCAAGACUUGGGAAGGAGCUUGUGCGAAUGUCUGGGUACCCAGCGGACGCACUUCAAGGGCUGAAAGAGCAUGGACCACGAUUAUGUUGUGCCUCUUGGCGAUCGGUGUGGGCACCCUCAUCUACACUUGCGUCAAAAAGUUUGUGAAGAGUCGCAAGCAACGACGUAAUCGAGAUGAGUAUCGACAAAAUCGCGCUGAAAUGAUGGAAAUUCGCGCACAAAACCAGCGCAUGCUCGAGGAGGCCGGCACACCAAAUGCCCCAAAUCUGUACGAAAAUCACUUGCCCUCCUACGAAGACGCCAUACGCAUGCCAAAACUGGAACGACCCGCGAAAUCAAUGGUAGAUCUGACCGAAUCGGGUCAUGCGCGUCGCACUAAACUACGACGUUCACACACCAACCCUGAGGGCGAUGCCGACGACAACGACGAUUUGAUGCUGGACGAUCGUCAACGCUUCCGUAGCGAGGAAAUGCUAUCCAAUCGCGCAAAAGAGCGUACCGCUCACAUAAUUCCUUUCACGCGUACCGGCUAUGUUGAAUACAGCAAUUCGCGCAGUCGUCGUCUCAGCGUUGAAGAUUCACGCUUCCCAGCUGCGCAUUUGAAGUCACAGAAUUUGCAAAGUGCCGAGAAGAUAGCCAACUUUCAAGGUUAUGAACACAGCCCCUACACAAAGCGGCGUCCCAAAGUGGCCGAAAUACCGCCAUUCAAGCGCGCCACAAUGCGCCCCGAUAGCGUGGAAUUCCUCACCGAUCCCGAAUACGACGACCAAAGCAAACCGGGCAGCCCAUUUGCGCGUCGUAAGCCGAAGACUCCGCUCGCAGUUCGUCCACUGCCGCCCGCUGUUGAGGAUUAUUUCGGCAGUGAACAGAAAGCACGCGUUUCCUCAUCCGACGAUAGUGAUUUCCAAGUAAUAGUAGAGCCAGAGAUCUCCUCCAUUGCCGAAGUGCAUAAUACGUCGUCGUCGGCCGAUGGUGGUGCGUCAGGGAGCUUGGAGCGCGGCAGACGCAAGAAGCGGCUGAAUUCAGUGAGCAGGCGUGCGAGCGGUAAUUUCACAGCUGCAGCGGCUGACGACAGUACUUCGUCGUCGGAGCGGGAUCCGAUUGUGGUGGUGCAUAAGCCAAUGCGCGAAACGCUGUUCUAACUGAAGGCGAGGGAGAGUAGUCAGCAAGUAAAUCAACUGCUAAGGGCACACGCAUACUUACGUGCGUAUGGAUAAGGGCAUGCAAAAGUGUGUGCGCUGCAACGAGUAUUUAACGAUUAAUAUAAAUAUAAAAUAAUGUACUUUAAU